CUGCUCUAGUCCAAUCAUCUGCUGGUCUCAUCUUUACACAGGAUGCUUCAAACCGCUUUUUCUUUAAAUGACGUAACAGCAUUACAUCAUUUAAAAGUUAGAUCAUUCAAAAAUUCACAUCCACUUGAAUUUUGUCAAAAAAAGCAGUUCUUGCCAGUUGACAUCUUGAAUUGAUCAAACAAACGAGUGAUUGUGUGACAUUUUCAGCUGACGCUCGACCAGUGUUAUGACGGCGUCACAUUUUUAGGCUUUACAGCCGUUCAGGUCGGACAUCUGCGGUCAGUUCACUGAUAUCCACACAUGUGGAUAUUCCCGAUGUUUCUCCUUCCUGCCGCAGAGCUGACACACCUGUGUGAACUUAUUGGAGCCACUGACUCAGAGGGUCCCUCUCAGGUGAAGAGGACGCUGUAGGUCCUGACUCCCACCACCAGAGGGCGUGCUGAUGUCACUGUGUGUGCGUGUGUGGUAGUCUGUUUUGAGCACGCUCCAUCUGCUCUGUACAGGACUCUGGUCUUUAGAACAAACUCUCUCCAUGCUAAAAAUUAAUUUCACACCGACAGUCUCUCCUCCACGUGAGGUGAUGAUGACGCUGCGCUGACUCAUUUGUGUGUGUCUGUGCACGUGUGUGUGUGUGUGUGUGUGUGUGGUGAAUGAAUCAGGGACACUCUACCUCCUCUUUCCUCCUUCCUCCUCCUCUUAUGUCGUGACGUUCAUUCAGGAGGAAACUCUACAAACAGUCCUGAGAUAUUCUGAGAGACUUUACUCACUGUGUGUGUGUGUGUGUGUGUGUGUGUGUGUGUGUGUGUGACUCACAGGGAAAUACCUCUGUGGAUGGAGGGAGGGAUUAAACAGGCUGAGAGGUAUAAUUACUGUAACAGAGCAGAGAGGAAGAGUAGAGUGACCCUGCACACUGUUCGUUCAGUUCAGGACCACCGGGCCAGCACCAGGAGGACUGGCAGCAUCAGAACAAGCCUCAGAGCGCAUCAGACCUGCAGCGACUUCACGUCAGAGUUUCUAGUUUCCGCCCUGAAGUCUCUUGAAUUUCAGAAGAUUUCGUCUGAAGAAUCUCAAACCUGUUUCAAAUAAAAACUCUACUGUGUCUUACUCUGCAUCAGACCGCCAACCAUUAUGUGCUCUCUUUCUGCCGUGGUCUUUUCCAUCUCGGCAUGGCUUCUCAUCGAUGCCUCUCCGACCAUCUCUCCGGCACCACGGCUGCAGGACUCGGCGCUAUCCUCUGACUGUCCUUCGUGCUCUUUGGCUCAGCUGAGGAGGAACUCGUCUUCGUCCGGAGCUCAGAGCGACAUGGUGGAGGCAGUGAAGCGUCACAUUCUCAACAUGCUGCACCUGAGCGCCCGGCCCAACCUGACACAGCCAGUUCCUCGUGCCGCUCUGCUCAACGCCAUCAAGAAACUUCACGUGGCCCAUGUGGCUGAAGACGGCAGUGUGGAGAUCCAGGAGGGCCAGGGCACGGACAAUUCAGCACCACCCGAACCGCCAUCUGAAAUAAUCACCUUUGGAGAGCCAGGCAACGGGCCAAACACGGUGACCUUUGACAUUUCAAGGGAGGACAGUGGCUCGUCUGUGGUGGAGCAGGCAAAUAUUUGGAUCUUCCUGAAAAUGUCAAAGAUGAACCGCCUGAGAAGCAAAGUGAUGCUGCGGCUUUAUCGUGACGAUGAUGACGAGGACUGUGUUUCGGAAAAGAUGGCGGACACCCGUCGUAGUGGCUGGCACACCCUUGCCAUUCCUCGCACUGUUCAGAAUCUACUGGAUGGCGGCAGGAGUCCUCUUAGGUUACGGGUUUCCUGUCCUCUAUGUCUCGAGGCAGGUGCCGCUCCCGUCCUGACACCUGCAAACGGUGAACUGGCCACGGGACGAGAUCAGUCACACCGGCCAUUCCUCAUGGUGGCGCUUCAAGCUCGAGAGGAGGUGGCUAAGCGACGAGCUAAACGAGCUCUGCAGUGCGAUGGGAAAAUCCGCAUCUGCUGCAAACGAGAGUUUUACGUGAACUUUAAAGACAUCGGCUGGAGCGACUGGAUCAUCGCUCCGGCUGGUUACCACGCCAACUACUGUGAAGGCGACUGUCCAAACCACAUGGCAAGCAUUGGAAGCUCACCACUGUCUUUCCAUUCAACGGUCAUCAACCAUUAUCGCAUGAGAGGCUACAGCCCAUUUCAAAACAUCAAGUCUUGCUGCGUGCCAACGAGGCUGCGAGCAAUGUCAAUGCUCUACUACAACGAAGAGCAGAAGAUCAUCAAGAAGGACAUCCAGAAUAUGAUCGUGGAGGAGUGCGGCUGCUCGUGAACAGCUGGCUUUUGCUCCACUGGGAGCAAACCUCUGAGAACCUCUGAGAAAUAUUCUGUCAAACCUGCAACCUGCAGGAAGAAACAUCUGAUGCACUCUUUCCCAGGAAAGACAAUCUCCUGUGUUCAGUGAAUCUUUGUGUUUCAUACUAGGAGAGACUUUUCCACAUUGGAAUGUGCUGAGGAUACUAUGCAACGUGGAUGUCUCUGUGUGCUUCAUCAGUGUUGGUUUUCUGCUGCUCAGAGAACGUUUCCACAAUAUUAGCAUGUUCCACUGAAGCUGAAAGUAGUUAAUCUGGUUGCUGAAGCCAAACUUUAUUUUCGUUAUUGUUAUGAAACACACUGAAUAUAGAUAUUUGCACAGUAAUAGGUAUUUCUAGAUGCAUUGCCUCAGUUUGAGUUGAGAGGAUUCAGAUGAAAGCCAAAGACAAACGUUUGGUUCAUUUUCCUGAGAGACAAACGGCUGAAAUCCACCUGUGUCAGAUUAAACCUUUAAUCUGCUGAAACAAAAACAAACUGAAGACAUUUCUCUUCACAUCAAUCUUUAAUUGUAAAUUGUGUUGUUUCUGUAAUUUAUUUCCAUUGAUUGUUUUCUCAUUAAACGGACUACCAAUCCACA